ACGAUUAGAAAAUAAAAUCUCGACCAUUGAGAUCCCACUUGAUUCUCGUACUAGUAAAACUUUGCUUUGCCUUGUAAUUGUAGAUCUCCUAAAAAAAAGCUAUUGACUCUCUCUUUUCUGUUUCUUUCUUAUUGUAAUUUUUGGUUGUCCUUACUUCCACAAAACAUCACUCUCUAACAAACAAACAACCAACCAACCAACCAUCUUUCUUCUUCUUUCUCUCUCCUCAUGGUUGUUCCCGCCAAUCUCUGCUCUCUCAGAAAACACUCUGUUUCUUCUCUUUUUUUUCCUCUCUUCUUUCUCUCUCCUCACUUCUUCACUCUCUAAGGGAAAAUCAGAUUUAUGUCCCAAAAUCAAACAAGGGUUGAAAAGAAGGAGAAAUAUUAUAGAAAAACAGGGGGUGUAAAACCAAACAACACCUUGUCUGAUUACCAAUACAAGAAUAUUUCUGCCACUGGCAGAGGCGACUCCUCCGCCCUUUCUCUCUCCUCCAAUCGCAGUUUCAAGAAGUCGAACAAUGCACAAGGUGGGCAAUCAAGGGGAGAACUCGGUUCUGUAAAUACAACAUCAGACACUAAUUCUCUUGCUGCUGGUGUUUAUCCUGUCAAGAAUGGCAAUCAUGUGCAGCCUAAAUUACGUGAUGGACCAGCUGCAUCUUCUACUACCAAGACAACAAAUAGUUCAAUACACAAGAGCAGCCAACCUGUUCCAAAAGCUCUGUCUUCUCAAUCGUCCUCCAUGAAUUUAGACUCCACCUCGCCUUCAACUCCUCCAAAAGGAGAGGCGGUCAAGGGAUUUCCUCUUCAGUUUGGAUCCAUAAGCCCUGGCUUUGUGGAUGGCAAGCAGGUGCCAGCGCGAACAAGCUCAGCUCCACCAGAUUUAGAUGAGCAAAAGCAUGAUCAGAUGCGGCAUGCUGCUGCAAGGGAGGCGCCUGCUAUUCCAGUAACAUCUGGUCCUAAGCAGCACGUGCCUGAAAAGCAUGUAUCAUCUGAGCAACCAGCUGGUCAAGAAACUCAUAUUGUUUCAAAGGCCACAAGAGAUGUGCAAAUGAUGCCUGUACCUCCUCUAUUUCAAUCAAUGCAAUCUCAGAAGCCUGUAGGCCUUCCUAUGACAAGGAUGCCUAUGCCCUUGCCAUAUCAACAACAUCAAUCAUUUGUCCCUAUACAGUUUGGUGGUCCUAAUCCACAAAUCCAGACUAAAGGAACACUGAAUAAUUCAAUCCAUAUGCCAAUGCAGAUUCCACUAAAUGUAGGAAAUGGACAGCAGCAGGUCCUUUUGCCUGGUCUUCAACAUCAUCUUAUGCAGAAUCAGGGAAUUAUCCAUCAAGGCCAGAGCUUCGGGUUCAACCCUCGGUUGGGAACCCAGCUUCCUCAUCUGCCAAGAAAUAUAGGAAUGACAUUGUCACCUCAGUUUAAUCUGCUGCAGCCUGGAAAUGUUGGAAACACUCGUAAAACAGUAAAGAUAACUCACCCAGAGACGCACGAGGAAUUGAGACUAGAUAAAAGAGAUGGUGGUUCACCUGGAUCAAGAUUACAUCAUAUGGCUUCUCCACCAUCUCAACCUGUGCCUUCUUUUACAGCUAUGGGUCCUAGAGGCUACUAUUCCAGUUCCUACACUUCAGCCUCUCCAUUGUUUCCAGUGCCAAAUUUUCUUCCUCUAACAAGCAUUCGAGUAACUGCUAGCUCUCAGGCUCCUAGGUUCAACUACCCCAUCAGUCAAGCAACACCAACUAAGCUAUCUGUGAAUCAAGCUGCUUCUAAUUCUUUUUCCAAUGGGAAGCAUACAACUUUAGUGCAUGAGGUUCUGGAGUCAUCAGAGGAUGUGACUGGGACUGUUCACGAUGUGUUGCCUUCUGUACAUUCAAUUUCACCAACAGUGACUGUUGAAGCAGCUGUCGACUCUGCAGCAGAGAGGGGUACAGACUCUAAUGCAAUUGAAAAGGCCGAGUCACAGAAGGUAGUUAGGUCACCUGUGGACCCUGGUGUUGUUAGAAAGAAUAUCAAAGCAAAUGCAGAUGAGUCUUCACCGCAAUCAGAAUCUGAUUCAGAGUGCUUGGAAAAAUCUAUUAUAUAUGCUCCAACCAAUACAGAUGCUAUCAAGAAGGAAAUUGUAAUGGAUGUACAGAAGCAUUUAUGGAAGAAGAAACAUGUCCAACCAUCACCACAGGUUGGUGUACAGACUGACGCAAGUGCAUUUUUGGAUCAUGGCAAUUCUUGUAAAGUUGCUGCUCCACAAUAUGCAGAACCUGAUAUUUCUAAUUUUUCAUUAGUGCAUGGGAAGGGUGACUUUCCGUGGAAGGAGUCACCUGUGAGGAAAGAUGCAGGAUCAACUGAUGCUGUAGCUGUUGAUAUUGGUGCUGAAAAGCAUUCAGAUAAGAUUCGACAUGCUACGCAAAAUAGUCAUGUUUUGCAAGCUACUAAGCAACAAGGGGAAAAGGAAGUUGCAAGGCUGCAACCAGAUAGUGCUUUGAAGGCCUCCGAGUCUGUCAAAAGGACUGAACAAUGUGAUGAGUUGAAGAAAUUCAAUCAUGAGGCAGCUGGUUUUGAAGCUUAUCAGGGGGAGAGUGAACCUUCCCCUUUUAUAAAUGAAGGUGACCAGGCAGCCUUGCAAAGUUCUCCACCUGAGAAUUUGUCCAAAUCUAUGUCAGAUAACGAGGCAGCUCCUGCAAAUCUUUCUGAAGCGAACCUAAAGCAGGAAGUGGAAGUCAGAGAGAAAACAAGACCAACUUCUUGGGGUACUGUAUCUGGGUCAAACAAAAACCCUGUUGACUCAAAUAAGAUAAAGAAUAAUAGGGGGAAGAAAAAGUGGAAAGAAAUGCUUCCUAAAGCAGAUGGUCUCGGGACAACUGCUGAUCAGGACAUGGCCAAUAAGAGUCCUCAGGAGAAGAAAGAAACUGUUGAUGGAGAAGGUGCUUCUAGGAUCAGUACUGGGAAGGAAAAUAGUUCGAGGAAGGAGCACAGUAAACUGAAGCUUGAAGAUUGGGAAGAUGCUGCUGAUGUGUCGGGAUCAAAGUUGGCAUCCUCAGUUCAAGGACAACAUGGAGGCUCACAUCAUGACAAAGGAGCUUUGGUGAAAAAGUAUUCCAGGGAUUUCCUCCUCACAUUUUCAGAGCAAUGUACUGAUCUUCCAAAGGGUGUUCAGAUUAUGCCUGACAUCUCUGAUACAUCAUUGCAUUUCAAUGCCAAUGUUUCUCAUGACUAUGCUAGUUCAAGAAGAUAUAUUGAUAGGGCUUCUGGAGCUUCCCGAAAUGAUCGGCGUGUGAAUGGGACGAUGGAUCUUGGUAGGUGGAAUAAACCAGGUUCUCAUUUUUUAGUCCAGGAUCCAGGGAUAGAUCUUGUCUACAGUAGCAAUAUGAUGGGAUUUCAGUCUGGUCCAGGGCUUAAUUAUGGUUUUCCCAGAAACACACGUGGACAAGGACCUAUUCAGCACUCUGGUGGGAUCCUGUCUGGUCCUAUGCAUUCAAUGGUUUUCCAGGGAAUACAACAAACUAAUUCUGGGGCUGACCGUUGGCAACGAGCCACAAGUUUCAACAAGGGUUUGAUGGCUGCUCCUGAGACUCCUUCACAGGUGAUGCAUAGAGCUGAGAAUAAGUAUGAAGUGGGUAAAGUUAGCGACGAGGAACAGGCAAAACAGAGGACGCUAAAGGCUAUUUUAAAUAAGCUUACACCACAAAAUUUUGAGAAACUGUUUGAGCAAGUUAAAGAAGUUAAUAUUGACAAUGCAGUGACUCUAACUGGAGUUAUAUCUCAGAUUUUUGACAAGGCUCUGACGGAACCAACAUUCUGUGAAAUGUAUGCCAAUUUCUGCUCUCAUCUGGCUUCCGAAUUACCAGACCUUAGUGUAGAUAAUGAAAAGAUCACCUUCAAGCGACUGCUACUUAACAAGUGUCAGGAGGAAUUUGAGAGGGGAGAACGAGAGGAAGAAGAAGCCAAUAUGGAUCUUGGUGAGGGCGAGAUUAAACAAACUGAAGAGGAGAGAGAAGGGAAGAGGUUAAGAGCAAGAAGACGUAUGUUGGGUAACAUUAGAUUGAUCGGAGAGCUGUACAAGAAGAGGAUGUUAACUGAGAGAAUAAUGCACGAGUGCAUAAAGAAGUUGUUGGGUCAAUAUCAAAAUGCUGAUGAAGAAAAUAUUGAAGCAUUGUGCAAGUUGAUGAGCACAAUUGGCGACAUGAUCGAUCAUCCUAAAGCUAAGGAGCAUAUGGACGCAUAUUUUGACAUUAUGGGGCAGUUAUCUACCAAUAUGAGGUUGUCUUCAAGAGUGAGGUUCAUGUUGAAGGAUGCCACUGAUCUUAGAAAGAACAAUUGGCAACAAAGAAGGAAAGUUGAGGGGCCUAAAAAGAUUGAGGAAGUGCACAGAGAUGCUGCUCAAGAAAGGCUUGGACAAGUUGGUAGGCUAGGUCGUGGGUCCAGCAUGAAUUCUGCAAUGAGAAGAGGCCAACCUGUAGAAUAUGAUCCAAGGGGCUCCAUGUUACCUUCUUCAGCUGGUCAUGGCUUUAGAGGUGUUAGUGCUCAGGUUCGUGGGUAUGGUGGGCAGGAUGCACGAAUGGAUGAUAGGAGUAUUUUCGAGAAUAAAAUCCUUUCAGUUCCUUUGCCGCAACGCUCUUCUGGUGAUGAUCCUAUAACACUUGGACCUCAAGGUGGUCUUGCCAGGGGUAUGUCAUGUAGAGGAGAACCAUCUGCCUCAAUUUCCCCUUCCGCUGAUACUUCAUAUCAUGUUAAUUCUAGAAGAAUGGUGAGCGGUUCCAAUAAUGGUUCCAGUACUGCAUCAGAUCAUGUAGCUUAUAGCUCAGGGGAAGAUCACUUUAGACAUGCCUCAGAGAGGAUUGAAGCACCAGUUGCUUCUGACCAAUCCUGUGGCUUAGAACUCGAUUCAAUUUACACAAACAAGGAUGCCGGUAAUUCAGAUAAAAGUAUGGACAAGUCUACGCUGACUUCAUCACUAGUGUCACGAGCUAUUACAACUCCAGUUGAUAGCAUUGCCUUAGAAGAAAUGUGGCCUGAAGAACGCUUGAGAGACAAAUCUAUGGCAGCAAUAAAGGAGUAUUAUAGUGCAAACGAUGAGAAGGAAGUUGCAUUAUGCCUCAAAGAUUUGAAUGCUCCGAAAUUGUACCCUACACUUAUAUCUAGUUGGGUUACUGAUGCUUUUGAGAGGAAAGACUUGGAGCGGGAUAUGUUGGCAAAACUUCUCAUCAACCUCACGAAGCCUCAGGAUAGCAUUUUCAGUCCACAACAACUCAUUGAAGGGAUCGAAUCUGUGUUGAAAAACUUGGAGGAUACAGUGACUGAUGCCCCAAAAGCACCGGAAUUUCUUGGUCAGGUACUUGGUAAAGUUGUCUUAGAAAAUGUAUUGUCCUUCAAGGAAUUGGGUGAAUUGAUACAAAAAGGUGGGGAGGAACCAGGUCGUCUUCUACAUAUUGGGUUGGCAGCUGAUGUUCUUGGGAAUAUCUUGGAGAUGAUAAAGUUGGAGAAAGGAGAAUCAACAUUGAAUGAGAUUCGAACAAGCUCCAAUCUUCGGUUUGAGGAUUUUCGACCUCCAUAUCCUCUUAAAUCCAAGAAACUAGAGAUGUUUAUUAUGUAAGCGAUGAUGAUGAUUCAUUAAGCUUAAGUUUUCACCACGGAUGUCUUGGCCUAGUGGUUAAGAUUGAGGUACGUGAACGAUAGAUCACAUUUUUGAAUCCUCCCUCCCCUUCUUUGUACGUUGUACUGCAUUCGUGGAUCAUAUGGAUAAAAAAAUUAAGCUUAAGUUUCCAUGACAUUGAUAGCUUGCGUGUGAAAGAUAAAGAUGAUCUUUUUAUCCAACAUUUUAUGAACGGUUUAGCAUAUUUCCUCAAGUA